CGUGAAAGGGCCGGAGAGCGAUGUAUCCCCCGGCGUUUAUUAGUACAUAGCCCUAGAACCUACAAGCCCCGGGGGAUAUGGCAUGGGCAGCAUUUCCCAAGCCAGGGUCCCUGAUCGUUCCCGAUUGGCAUCAGACUGUUGAAGGGAAAGAAUAUUUGAAUUGCAUUCUCCGUAAGAAGAAAAGAAAGCUGUUCGGGCUUAUCGAGAGGCCUGUCCUCCCUCCGCAGCUUCCAGCAGAUAUAGCUAGCUACAAGAUUUUUGUUGCCGGUAAAAGUGGCGUUGGGAAAACAGCCUUGAUCGCAAAACUUGCAGGACUGGAAGUUCCAAGCACCCACCAGGAGACUACAGGAAUCCAAACGACCUGUGUGUACUGGCCAGUGCGCCCCAGGGGCAGCGAACGUCCGGUUAUCUUCAGAUUCCAGUUCUGGGAUUGCGGAGAAUCCGCUCUAAGGAAGUUUGAUCAUAUCUUACCGGCAUGCAAGGAAAAAGGAGAUGCAGCUCUCUUCGUGUUUUCCUUCACAGAUCGUUCAUCAUUUGAGGAUGUCCCGGCACUAAUCUCGCGGAUGCUCGGUGAGGAUGAGGAUCUGGCACGAGUGGUGAUCGGUACCAAACUAGAUCAGUACAUGCACACUGAUGUCACAGAACAGGACCUUCGUGACUUCCAGAGGACGUGGCACCUGCCCGUAAUGCGGGUGAGAAGUGUCAAUGGUCCCUGGCUGUCUGAUGGGCGCAGUCUGGAUGGGAGCGUUGGAUUGGCAGAUGCAGCUCCUGUGCUGAAUGGCUUGGCAGAAUUGCUGUGGCACAGAGACCAAGUGGCUGCUGGACUCGAGUCUAUCAUUGUAUAACCACUAGAGCCACGUCUCACACAUAUAGCACACUUGCAGAAUUCAGUACUCAAAAAACUGAAGGCUAUCUUUUCACUUGACCAGCAGGGGGCAGCAUAAUACUGCUGUGCCUUUUAACCUUUGUGUUCCCAUUCCAUGUAUUUGCUAUAUACUAUUGUUUAUAGGGCAUUCACAGCUGAGAGUCUGUGUCCCUGGACAAUACUCCAUAAUAAUAGUAAAUGCAGAUGCUGGUCAUUACAUUUGCUGCUGUCACUUUGUGAAAUGAUGCUCAGGAAGCAGUGACCUCUGUGUAGUGAACACAACUUCUGUACAGUGAUUAGGUUAAAACAUGUUAUACACCCCAUCUUUGAAUCAGAGUGAGCGCCAAUGGCCAAAAAUAGGCUCCCAAGGCCAGUUUGCAGAAGAUUAAGGCAUUUCCAUGAAAACACACAUUGACCUCACUUCCCUGGCUGCAGCUCCAGUGACAGAUCCCAAACAGGGGAUGAUUUAUAGCAGGAAGGAGGACCUGACCCCAAUUACUCGGGUUAGACUGAUUAAGGCAUAGUUGGGCAAUUUAAAGAGUAAUGACAUUUCAACUAGAAAAUGAUGUAAGUUAUAUUGAAUGAACAUGCUUCCUGAUUAACUCCUACAGGGCUGGCAGGUAUUAUCCGGCUUGAGUAAUUACUAAGCAUUUCAUUGAUCUCUGACCCAGCUGGGUCCCAAGGCCCAUUAAUGUACUCAUUAUGCAAAUCUGACACAGUGUCACUUUAGCAGCCAAAUCUAACCAAAUCUAUGGUGAAUAGGUAACUAUUUGUUUUCAUUCACAUUUACUGCCUUAUUUACUAUAAGCACUCAACUUAUACACCAGUGGUGGGAUAUAUAUAUAUUUCACUUCUGUGUGCAUCUUUUCUAUAACACUUUGUGGGGGAGAGAGUCCCUAUUUUGUGGUAGCCGGUAAAUUAAUGUAAAAUAUCAGAUAAUUUUUCA